UUUUUUUAUUCUGCGUGUAAUAGCCAGCGAGAGUGGAGCGUAUGCUGUGCGUUGCGAACUAGUUCCGAGGUUUCGAUUAUUAAAAGAAGAGUUUUGUGUCCCGAGAUGUAUAUUUGAAGCCUUUGCGUCGGCCUUGCGUGCUAGUACCAUACGGGUUCAACGCAAAAGUGGCAAAUAACUGUGCUGCUAGGUGAAUGUACCAGUGUAGAAAGAUUGACCAGAGAGAAAGAUUGAGUGAAAGCAACGAAAAAUAGCGGCAGUCGUGACACAGCCGUUGAUUCAUAAGUUCCGUUGGAUGACCUGUUUCGUGGCGUUGCCAUAGUUACAGAGUGCACCCUUCCAUAGGAAUCGCUGGGUUGAGCGAAGGCAACCGGAUCUUUCUGCGAUUUAGAUCAGCCUCCGAGUGCCCGCAAAUGUGUGUACACGUUAGUGCAGUGUAGCAGUAAUUUCCUCCAUGAGCCAACGUUCUGGAAUCAUUCAUCGCACCGAGUCUGUGACCAUCGGCUUCAACUAAAGUUCCUUCGGCUGUUUUUUUCCCUAAUCCGGAAAUUUAAUCGUAAUGCCGCUUCCAAAGGAUCAACAAAGUGCGUAACCAAGGAGAUAAUCGUGAAACAACGUGUUUACAAUAACGUAUGACGUGUCCUCUCUGUAUCUGUUGUAGCGUCAGCCUGAUAGUGAAGGUAAAGCGCGUGCGGCAGUUUGUUGUGUGUACCCUUCGUUUUCCUUGCGAUUAGAUUUCGCGUUGGAAGUUAGUGUGCGCGUAUUUGCAGCCGCGAAAAUGUGUGUAUAAAGUUCGUUUAGCUGGCUGUGUGUAUCGCCGUCAUACAAACGUGUUCGUCGUGCAGUGAAUGCAUAGAAUUAGCUAGUACAGAACGGUUUUAAAAUUCAGUUAAAAAUAUGUUUCGCCAAGAAAUGCUGUGCAUAGCAAUGGAUCUAUGAGCCGGAAAAGAUAAAAUCACCCAAAGAUUGCAAAUCACAUAUACAGUGAGCUGCAUGUGAUGGAUCUUUUGUGUAAAUAGCACAAGCCUUAGCACGUUCCUGAUUGUGUGUAAAGAGUAGUGUUUAAGUGUUGAUUACUGUGUUAGAAUUUGAGUUGUUAUUAAGUUUUGUUGAGAUUCUUAAAUCUAAGUGCGUGUUAUCACGGAUAAAUAUCGACGGUUCCACAAGUGUUAUAUUAAGCGCAGUUUUUAGUUGUUUUUAUCGCGCCACCGUGUACGGUGCGGAAAAUGAAUACACAUAAUACGACCACGGUUAACGUCGCACCAUCGGCCCCGGUGGUGCACAUCAAUGAGCUACUACCCCUUCUGCACAAACCGGAUGAGCAGGUGGGUGGAUCUGUUGGAUUCACCCCCUUGGUGGCAAAUGUGGUCGGUUCCGAUGGAGCAGCAAUUUUAACUGGUGCUUCCAGCGUACCAGAUUCGGUUUCCGAGCCAGUUCGUGUGGAUCCUGAUCCGGGCGUUGGUUCAACCGGUGCAUCAGAUGUGAAUGUGUCCCUUGUAGCCAACUCCAACUUGGCCAUAUUGAAUCGUCUGCUCUCCGCUCAUAUGGGAGCGAGCGGACAGGGCAGCGAGCAGGGGCGGAUUAGCGGUGGCAGUGGGUCCUCCAGCAGCAACGGCGGCAGUUCAAAUUCCAGCCACAAAAAGUGUCCCUACCAUCGCCAAUGUUCGAGCCAUCAACAUCUGCAUCGGCAUCUGCAACAUCAGCAGCAGGCGGCUUCCGGAAGUUCGUUUGCUCCCGCUUUUUGCCGGUAUCGUAAUGAUGGCUCGAGCUCGUCGAGCAGCAGCAGCAGCAGCAAUAGCAGUAGCUGUAGCAGCGGCAGUGGCAAUGCUUCGGCAAUUUCGUACCCGGUCCGAGAUGCCAUCUCGACGAACGUUUCGCCGCCGCCGGUAAAUGCGGUUAUACUUGUCGAUCGGUACCUGCUGAUGGAGCCGGUCGAAGGAAACAAUCUGUACCGGUGUUACGAUAUAAAGUCGCACGAAGAGCUCGUCUGCAAGAUUGCAAAUAAUCCGUGUUCCAACCUGCUAACGGCACAUUUCCGCCUGGAUGGUCAUCGACACGUAAACUCGCUGCACAAGGUCAUCCAAGGGAAUAAUCAAACUUAUCUGCUGUACAGUCCGUCCGAGGGUGAUCUACAUUCUUACGUACGCGUGCGUAAGCGGCUUCGCGAACCGGAAGCACGGCGACUAUGUCGUCAAAUGUGCGAAGUAGUCAAAAGCUGUCAUGAGCAGGGCAUUGUCUUGCGAGAUCUCAAGUUGCGGAAGUUUGUAUUUGCUGACCGUGAAAGGACGCAAUUAAAGCUGGAAUCACUGGAAGAUGCCGUCGUACUGGACGAUCCGGCCGAGGAUUUGUUGCAGGAUAAACGUGGCUGUCCCGCCUACGUGUCGCCGGAAAUCCUGCGCGUCAAUACCACGUACUCUGGCAAGGCGGCCGAUAUGUGGUCACUAGGCGUUAUACUGUAUACGAUGCUGGUCGGCAGAUAUCCAUUUAACGAUUCUGAGCAUGCAUCACUGUUUGCCAAAAUUAGCCGCGGACAGUUUACUGUCCCAGAGUGCCUCUCGUCGAAGGCACGCUGCAUGAUACGUGCACUGCUCCGAAGGGAUCCGGAGGAGCGCAUCGCAUCAGAGGACGUGCUUCAUCAUCCAUGGUUGCUGCACGAUGAUAGCAAGGACCACGCAUAUGGUGGCUUGCACUCCAGCAGCCGUUCCAGCAGUAGUGGCACUGCUUUUGACGAUCACUGCGUUCCGGAGUGGUACGAUCCAACGGACGAGAGCGACAUUGGUGGUGGCAGUUCGUCGUCUUCAUCUUCACGGAUGCACUAUUCGUUCGCUACGGGGGACGCCUUCGACAACUAGGCUGUUGUUGAUGCACGGCGAUGGGACCCCGGGGCAUUAGCGGACGAUAAAGACGAUCAGUUCUUCCUCUCAAGCACAAAAACGAUGAAAACUAUUACCAGCCUGGAGCAGAUGACUAGUUGUUUCAGGAUUUCACGGAUAAAUGCUGUGAUUGUUUGAUUUAUAAGAACGAUAAAUAGCAGUCGAGUGGAACUAGUAUCCCCGAACGGUCAUGCAGUGAACAUGCGGUAAAGCGAUAAAAGAAAAGCAAGCUGAUUGGCAUGUAAAGGGCAUACACACGCACUAUUAAAUAUU